ACAUUUAACCGGGAGAACACCGAAGAUAAAUCGGAGAACUCGAAUAGCAGAAGACAAGACAAGGGAAGAUAAGAGAGUGGGUACAAAAUUAAGGCAAUGGAGCAGAAGCUAUCCUCAGUGGCGAAGACUUUUACUCCUUCACCAAUUCAAGAACUCUCCCAUUUAGCUCAGAGAAGCAACGCUAUCAACCUUGCAGAAGGAUUCCCUGACUUCCCUGCUCCUUCCCACCUAAAAAAUGCUGCAAUUUCCGCCAUCAAUUCUGACUUCAACCAGUACAGGCAUGUGCAAGGAAUUUGUGACCACUUGGCGAAUAUUAUGAAGGAAAUGCAUGGUUUAGAUUUUGAUCCUCGGACUGAUAUGGCUAUUUGCUGUGGCCAAACCGAGGCAUUUGCAGCCGCAGUGUUUGCUAUAAUAGACCCGGGCGAUGAGGUUGUGCUAUUUGACCCUUCAUAUGAAACAUACGAGGGAUGCAUUAGGAUGGCUGGGGGAAUACCUGUGUAUGUUGCACUUGAACCCCCUCAUUGGACAUUGGAUCCUGACAGAUUCAUCAAUUCUUUUACUGCAAGAACAAAAGCUGUAAUAUUAAACAGCCCUCAUAAUCCAACUGGCAAAGUUUUCACUAAAGAUGAGCUUGAGACUAUUGCUGGAGCUUGCUGCAGAAGGGAUUGCAUGGCUAUAACAGAUGAAGUAUAUGAGCAUAUUACAUAUGACAACAUAAAGCAUAUAUCCCUUGCCUCUCUUCCAGGAAUGCAAGAGCGGACUAUCAUUACAUCUUCCUUAUCAAAAACUUUCAGUGUCACAGGAUGGAGAGUGGGUUGGGCAAUUGCUCCAGCUUUCUUUGCCUCUGCAAUAAGAAACAUUCAUAUUAAAAUCACAGAUUCUGCUCCAGCGCCUUUCCAAGAAGCGGCCUUGACUGCUUUGAGAAGCCCCCCAGAAUACUUUGAAAAAUUGAGAAGGGAAUACGAAUCAAAAAGAGACUACAUUGUUCACUUGAUUGCGGGAAUUGGUUUUCAGAUUAAGUUUAAGCCUCGGGGUGCAUUCUUUUUAUUUGCAGAACUUCCUGAAAAUUACUUGCUUUCUGAUGUAGAAUAUGUCAAGGAAUUAAUAAAACAAGCAGGGGUGGUGGCAGUACCAGGUUGUGGAUUUUUUCACACAACUUUGUCCACAGAGAAAUUAUCUCAGGUAGGUUGCAGUUACCAGGAGAGAUACAUCAGGUUUGCUUUUUGUAAAAGCAGUGCUACAUUGGCUGCUGCAGCACAAAAACUUGCUGAGCUUUCAGAUGCUAUGGGGUGUGUCACUGGUGGGAAGAAUGCAUGAUGUUCCAUGGAUCUAAAGUCACCGGGAGGCAAUGUAACUUUUGUGGACCUAGUGUGAAUGACGAUCUGGCUAAUUUUAUAUUUUAACUAAUCAAAGCCCUACGAAAGUGUUGGUAUGGGGAAGUAUUCUUUCAAAUGGUGAAGACUCACUAUCUGUCAUCCUAUCAGACAAUUGAAAAAAAUUCAUCUAAUCAUAGUUACUUUUUUUA